AUGGCUGCUUCCGCGAAGCUCGCCCCGCGGCGCCUCGGCCUGCUAGCCGCGCAGAGCCGCAUCUUGCCAUCAUCACGCACCGCCCCGCGUCUGCCUCUCGCCGCCCCCCUGCUACGCCGCCAAUGCCUCCAGAGCGGCUUGGCCAGCAGCACUGGCGCGCGUCGCUAUGCGGCCAGCACCGCAGCAGCAACCGCCCGGCUCGUCGAGGACAAGGAGCCUGGCGUCCGCACUUACGAUACCGACUUAUAUGGCGGGCUCGACACCUUCGUCAACCGCCACAUCGGCCCUGAUGAAGCCGACACGCAGGCCAUGCUGAAGGCCCUCGAUCCGCCCGUGCAGGAUCUCGACCAGUUUGUCAGACAGGUCAUCCCGUCCGACAUCUUCUCGACCCGCGAGCUCUGGACUGAUCGUUCCGACAUCACCUGGACCGAGACCGCCUUCGAGAGUAAGGCCGGCGUGAUUCUCCGGCACAAUCGCAUCAUGAAGAGCUUUAUUGGCCAGGGCUACUACGGAACAAAGGUCCCAGCCGUCAUCCAGCGAAACGUACUCGAGAGCCCUGCCUGGUACACAAGCUACACCCCGUACCAGCCCGAGAUCAGCCAGGGCCGUCUCGAGUCGCUAGUCAACUUCCAGACGCUCGUCACAGAUCUCACUGCCUUGCCCAUCGCCAAUGCCAGUCUCCUCGACGAGGGUACCGCCGCCGCCGAGGCCAUGACCCUGUCGAUGAACGCCCUGUCCGCCUCCAGAGCCAAGCGCCCAGGCAAGACCUACGUCGUCUCGGCUACAAUCCACCCGCAGACCUUCGAGGUCAUGCAGGCUCGUGCCAAGGGCUUUGGAAUCAAGCUCGUGAAGCUCAACCUCGAUGGUCCAGAUGCCCACAGCACCAUCCGGAAUCUCGGAGACGACCUGGUUGGUGUCAUGGUGCAGUAUCCAGACACUUUCGGCCAGGUCGAGGAUUACAAGCCCCUGGCAGACUUGGUCCACAAGCAGGGUGCCUUGCUCAGCGCUGCCACUGAUCUACUGGCCUUGACCGUCCUUACGCCGCCGGGAGAGUGGGGUGCCGACAUUGCCUUUGGCACUGCCCAGCGCCUCGGUGUGCCCAUGGGCUAUGGCGGUCCUCACGCCGCCUUCUUUGCAGUCACGGACAAGCACAAGCGCAAGAUCCCCGGACGUCUGAUUGGACUGUCCAAGGACCGUCUUGGGGGUAAGGCAUACCGUCUUGCUCUGCAGACUCGCGAGCAGCACAUCCGCAGAGAGAAGGCCACGAGCAAUGUCUGCACUGCCCAGGCCCUCCUCGCCAACAUGAACGCAUUCUAUGCAAUCUACCACGGCCCUCAGGGCUUGAAGCAGAUUGCCGAGCGCAUCAUUGCCACUGCCCGGGUUGUCCAGAACGUUAUCGAAGCCGCUGGUUUCCAGACACUGCGCAGCAAGUAUGGCAAUGGCGAGGUGCUGUUUGACACUGUCGUCGUCAACAUGGGCUCGGAGCAUGCUGCCAAGGCCCUUGACCAAGCCUUGCACACGAGCUUUUUGGAGGCCCGCAAGAUCAGCAGCACCAGCCGUGGCUUUUCGGUCGACGAGGUCACGAGCCCUAGCAUGCUAUUCUCCCUGUGCCGCGCAUUUGCACAGGUCUCCAAGACAGGCGCCAGCGAAGGCGCUCUCAUCGAGCUCGUGCAGCCCGCUCUUCAGCAGAGCAUUCCGGCGCCUCAGGUCCCCGAAGCCUUCACUCGCACGUCGAGCUAUCUGACGCACCCUGUUUUCAACACGCACCACUCCGAGACUGAGCUGCUGCGGUACAUCCACCACCUGCAGUCCAAGGAUCUGUCCCUGGUCCACUCCAUGAUCCCUCUCGGCUCGUGCACAAUGAAGCUGAACGGCACCACCGAAAUGAGUUUGAUCACUCGUAAAAAGGUCUCUGACCUCCACCCAUACACCGACGAGAGCUUCACACCAGGCAUGCAGACCAUCCUGAAGUGGUUCAAGGAACAGCUUGCCUCCAUCACCAGCUUGCCUGGCGUAUCCCUGCAGCCCAACUCCGGUGCUCAGGGUGAGUUCGCUGGACUGCGCGCCAUUGCCGACUACCACGCUAGCCGUGGUGACGUCAAGCGCGACAUCUGCUUGAUUCCGGUCUCUGCUCACGGUACAAACCCAGCUUCAGCAGCCAUGGCCGGCAUGCGUGUCGUGCCAAUCAAGUGCGACACCAAGACCGGCAACCUAGACCUUACGGAUCUCGAGGCCAAGUGCGAGCAGUACAAGGAUCAGCUUGGUGCCAUCAUGAUCACGUACCCCAGCACGUACGGUGUCUUCGAGCCUGGUGUCAAGAAGGCCUGUGAAAUUGUACACAAGUUCGGUGGCCAGGUCUACAUGGACGGUGCCAACAUGAACGCUCAGAUCGGACUCUGCUCUCCUGGCGAGAUUGGCGCCGAUGUGUGCCACUUGAACCUGCACAAGACCUUCUGCAUUCCUCAUGGAGGCGGUGGCCCUGGUGUCGGCCCCAUCUGCGUUCAGGAGCACCUCACGCCAUUCCUUCCCGGCAACCCCAACGCCAUCACGCCUGGCCGGCCCCGGACCGAGGCAUUCCCCGUCAGCAGCGCCAACAACGGUAGUGCCAGUAUCAACCUGAUCAGCUGGGCCUACAACAGUCUUAUGGGCAAGGAGGGCCUGAGGCAGGCAACCAAGAUCACUCUCCUCAACGCCAACUACAUCAUGUCGCGUCUCAAGCCGCACUAUCCGAUUCUAUACGUCAACGAGCACCAGCGUUGCGCUCACGAGUUCAUCCUGGACGCUCGCCCGUUCCGCGAGUCUGCCGGCAUUGAGGUCAUCGACAUUGCCAAGCGUCUGCAGGACUACGGGUUCCACGCUCCUACCAUGAGCUGGCCCGUUGCCAACACGCUGAUGAUUGAGCCUACGGAGAGUGAGAGCAAGGAGGAGCUUGACCGUUUCAUUGAUGCUCUCAUCAGCAUCCGCCAGGAGAUCCGUGACAUUGAGGAAGGGCGGACGCCUCGCGAGGGCAAUGUCCUCAAGAACGCUCCCCAUCCCAUGUCUGACCUGAUCUCUGGUGACGAUGGCAAGUGGGAGCGGCCAUACACCCGCGAGCAGGCCGCAUAUCCCUUGCCAUGGCUCAAGGAGAAGAAGUUCUGGCCGAGCGUCGGUCGUGUGGACGAUUCAUACGGUGAUCUCAACCUCUUCUGCACCUGCCCGCCCGUCGAGGACACGACUGUCAAUGUCUAG